ACAGGCUUUUACUACAGGAACCGGCUGCUCCCGGCACACAGGGAGAUUCUCGCUGCGCAGCGCAGGACGCACGGAUUCCGCUCUGGAUAUUUUACCAAGCCCCGGUUGGAUGUGCAAUAUGACUUUUGAAGAUACCAGUGGAGAUAACUCAACAGAAAGGAUGGACUCGGUGGCUACAGCGUUGGAGGAAGUCCUGAGCGCGGCAUUGCCUCAGGGCUGCAUCACUGUCGGAGUUUACGAGGCAGCAAAGUCACUCAAUGCGGAUCCGGACAAUGUGGUGCUGUGUCUCCUGGCCACUGACGAUGAGGAGGAUGUGGCUCUGCAGAUUCACUUCACCUUGAUCCAGGCUUUCUGCUGCGAGAACGACAUCAACAUCCUGCGUGUGAGCAACAUGCGGCGUCUGGCAGAGAUACUCGGCGGAGUGAAGCCUGGAGGAGAGCCAAUGGAUCUGCACUGUGUUCUAGUUACUAAUCCUCAGUCGUCCCCGUGGAAGGACCCCGCACUGAGCAAGGUGAACAGGUUCUGCAGAGACUGCCGCUGUUUGGAUCAGUGGGUGCCUGUUAUCAACCUUCCUGACCGAUGAAGCUGCUUGGAUUAUAAAUGUAUUGUGUGCAUUGGGGGAAAGUAACUGCACAAGGCCUGUGUUAAUGUCUGUGUUGGACUUGUUUGGAAAGCGCCCCAGAGAGAGAGAGAGCGCGGCGGGAGAGUCAGGAAAGGAAAAGAGCGUUCCAACAAAUUUACCAGGUCAGGGUGAACUUGAGGGCCAAGGAAGCGUGACUCAGCUGUCUGGGUUCCGGGAUUUUCUAACGUGUGACUGCGUCUUUCUCUGCCGAGAAAGAAUCCUUUUCAAGGAAACUGAAUCAUGUGAGCGUGGAUCACACGUGGUGCCGAGCACAGGCAGGAACUGGGGGAAGCAGACGGUGUCUCAGCUGACAGGACUCCAGGAACCGAACCGGACCGGAUCGGAUCGGAUCGGAUCAGCUCUCAGCUUCAAAAACUCCUCAAUGAAAAUUUGACCAAAUCUGAGCAUUUCUUCAAAAGCACAUUUACUUCAUCGUAUUUAAGACUUGUCACUUUGAAAAUCCUAAAGGGAAAGUUUUCACAGUUGGUUGUUGUUGUUAUUAUUAUUAUUAUUAUUAUUAUUAUUAUUAUUAUUAUUAUUAUGGGCAAUACAAUGUUUGUCCACUAACUGGUGUCUUUAUGUUAUUUAAUGAAUUAUAUUUAUACAAAGUUGAAAAUGUGCCUUGUUAAGUUGAAUAAACUAAAUGAAAACAGUU